AUGGAGGAGCAGUGGUUGCAUCCCAAUACAACAUUCUCAGGAAGCUGUCAUCAAGUUUUAAAGCAAAUCAACUUCUGGAAUUGCUAUGGAUGCCCAAAUCUCGAAUUGCUUUGGUAUAAGCCUGUUCUAGAUUCUGGCUGGUGGCUUAUGGGUAACCAAGAUGAUCAGCAAGUCGCAACCGGCCCGCACAACUCCUGCACGGGCUUCCAUAGUGUGGCCAGAUUCUUUCAAGCACAAAAUGGUGUGAACAUGGCUGAAACUGGAACAUCUGGAAAUCAGGUGAAAGGAACCAAUAGUGAGAACGAUCAGGGGGCAGAUGUUGCACAGGGAAUAACAAAUUCUGCAACCCAAUCACAACCUGUCCAAGAUCAUUCUGUACUAAGAUGCAGAGAAGACAGGUUGAGUUUAUUAAGAAAAGGGUGCUGCUUCUGGAGAAAGUACUUAAUGCAGAAUACCAGAAAGAAUAUUUUGUAA